AUGAAUUCUGGGAAUGAUAACUGGCACUCCCCCGCUGGUGGGCCUCCGUCGCACCCUGGCAUGGACCAGAUGAACCAACAACCUCGGCCCUUAGGGUCUUUCAGUCAAAAUCCGUCUCAACAGGGUCCUGCGUCGCAGCCCUCUGGGCCUGUCCUUCCUCCUCCGUCCGGUCCCUACCACCCCGCCGGUCAGUCAGGUGGCCACUCCCUCCCCGGACUGGCAGAACUGAGCCAAAGCCACGGGGCUCCUCCACACCAACAACCGACCUACGGACAGCAUCCUCCUGGACCUUCGCACAGCUCAGGUCAUUCUCUUCCCGGCAUUGGCCAGGCCAUGUCGCACGCAUCCCCUCAGCUGAACCGUGACCGUGAACGGGACUCAAGGGAACGCGAGAUUCUGGAGCGCGAGCGCCAACGUCAGGAAGAAAUGGCCCACCGAGAGCGUGACCAGCGCGAACGCGAACAGAUGGAGCGCCAACAGAUGGAACGCCAGCGCGGCGAACACCACCCUGUCCAGAGCCACACCGGCUCGAUCCCCCCUCCACCAGCCCGUGGCGUCGAAAGUUCCCAACUCUAUCCAUGGCCCGAAUGGCCUCCUUUCGAACCUCGCCUCUUUGGCGGCCCGCAGAUGCAGCAACAUGGCGAAGGCACCCCUCGGUCGUACAUGCAGUAUCCCGGUGGGCCACCCAUCAUGGGACACAAUGGGCAAGCACAGCAAAUCCCUGGAAGUGUAGCGGCUCUUGCCCAGGGCCAACAGCCGAUUCUCAAUGCAAGUCAUCCGAUUGGACCCGCCGCAUCUCUCGGAGAACCGAGCGCUAACAGUGGGUUUGUGGUGCAGGAUGCCCUUAGCUACUUGGAUCAGGUGAAGGUGCGGUUUUCCGACCAGCCUGAUGUUUACAACCGCUUCUUGGACAUAAUGAAGGACUUCAAGAGUCAGGCAAUCGAUACUCCCGGUGUAAUCCAACGCGUCUCUACCCUCUUCAAUGGCCAUCCAGCUCUCAUCCAGGGCUUCAACACUUUUCUCCCACCCGGCUACCGAAUCGAGUGCGGAACUGAAGACAACCCAGAUGCCAUUCGAGUUACCACACCAUCUGGCACGAAUACGCUGAGUAUGCCGCGUGCAGGACGCCCAUUCGAGACGACGACAAUAACCGAAUCCGGCCCCUCCAGCGGUGGUCCUGGACGUCCUGAUUACUACGAGCAGUCUCGUCCGGGAUGGCAGCAAGCUCAGCAGCCGCAGAGUCAACAACAAGCCCACCCGGGCUCAUAUUCUCCUGGCUCGCGUAUGAUGGGACCAAGCCUUUACCAGGAACCGCAAGGACCUGGCCAAGACCCUCACUAUGGCUACCAGACCCAAGAGCAGCAGGGUGCCGCGGCGCUGUCCCACCAGCAGGAUCACCGUGGUGUUGCUCAACUGCAAGGCGCUGCCUCUGCCGCGUCUGCCCUGGGGAGACCCGGCAUGAUGCCCACCUCUGGCGCUGGUCCCAAUGCCAGUUUGACACAACCGAUGAACAGCCUGGCUGGCGUUGGUGGCAUGCUUCAGGGAGGCGUUGCGGAUCUAAAUAAGCGUGGACCUGUUGAAUUCAACCAUGCCAUCAGCUAUGUGAACAAGAUAAAGAACCGUUUCUCCAGCGCACCAGAGAUCUACAAGCAGUUCCUUGAGAUUCUGCAGACUUAUCAACGGGAGUCCAAGCCCAUCCAGGAUGUUUACGCACAGGUUACCCAACUGUUUAACACUGCUCCCGACCUUCUGGAAGACUUCAAGCAGUUUCUUCCUGAGUCUGCGGCACACGCCAAACAGCAGGCGGCGGCGCGUGCCGCGGAGGAGAACAUUCCUGUCAGUAAUAUGCGGGGUGACCCUAUGGCCAUGUCCCAAGCUGCGAACCGAGAUGCGAAGAACUUGCCUCCCAUGGGCCACUUCAAACCGCAGGAUUCUGCCAAGGAUAGCAAGAAGCGGAGAGGCGGACCUGGCAUUGGCGGUGGCUCUGUAUCUGGCCCUGCUGGUGCAGAGGCUCGGAUCCCAGAGUCUCAGAUGCGUGGCCAGCCGGCUCAGUUCGCUAAUGGCAGCAAGCGACCCAAGUUUCACCAUGGGAAGCCAUCUGGUGCGGAUAUCCCGAACGUUUCUCCUACCUUGAUUCCCGCGCUCCCGGAGCCAGUUCCACCUAGUUCGUUGGCUACUCCUAGUCAAGAGGAGAUUGCCUUCUUCGACCGUGUCAAGAAGUUCAUUGCGAAUAAGCAGACUUUCAGUGACUUUUUGAAACUGUGCAAUCUCUAUACCAAUGACCUCAUUGAUCGUUUCAUUCUUGUCAAGAGAGCUGAAGGCUUCAUUGGUUCCAACGCGGAGCUCAUGAGCUGGUUCAAGCGUUUCAUGAACGUUGAAGAGCCUGAAGACAAGACCAUUGACCCUAAGCCUAAGAUCGAAGCCGGUGUUGUCAACCUUGCGCACUGCCGAUCACUGGGGCCUAGUUAUCGUCUGCUGCCCAAGCGCGAGAGACAAAAGGCCUGCAGUGGCCGUGAUCAGUUGUGCUUUGAAGUGUUGAAUGACGACUGGGCUUCGCAUCCUACUUGGGCAUCCGAGGACUCUGGCUUCGUUGCUCACCGGAAGAACCAAUAUGAAGACGCUCUGCACCGUAUCGAAGAGGAUCGCCACGAUUAUGAUCAUCACAUCGAAGCUUGCACGCGGACGAUCCAGCUCAUUGAGCCGAUCUGCCAGCAAUUUUUGCACAUUGAGGCUAUUUACCAGCGCGUGAUCAAGAAGGUCUACGACCGCCAGCGUGGUGAGAAGAUCAUCCGCGAUAUGUUCGAGCGUCCUUGCCAGGUUCUGCCAAUCGUACUAUUCCGCCUGAAGCAGAAGCUGGAAGAGUGGAAAGCCUGCCAACGCGAAUGGGAUAAGGUCUGGCGCGAGCAGAUGCAGAGAGCUUACUGGCGUAGUCUGGAUCACCAGGCGAUUGCCACCCGACAGACAGACAAGAAGCUCUUCAUCGCGAAGAACAUCCAGCAGGACUUGCAAGCCAAAUUCGAAGAAACGCAAAGUCGCGCAAAGAGCGGUCUUCCCACGAAGAAAUUCCAGGCUGAGAUGCAAUUCGACGAUAUCGAUGUUCUCCUGGAUACCACUCACCUUCUUUGCAUGUUCAUUGACCGCAGCACUUCCGGCUUUGGCGCUGAGCCGUCCAGAUUGAUUAACUUUGUCAAGGACUUUGUUCCUAUCUUCUUUAGCCUCGAUCGGGAGACCUUCCACGAUUAUAUGGACGAACUCUCCAUCGCCGCUACGCCUGCCGAGGAGCUGGAGGAGAACUUCGGCGCAGAUGAUACCUCCAACGCCAGUCGCAGGGUUGUUAACACGCAGAAGCUGGAUCUCCUGCGUGAGGCUCUCAAGCAGAAGGGCGAGAAGGGCAGUAACCAAAACAAGGAAGAUGUGGCUGCCGCUCCAGCGUCAGUGCCAGCACCUACCCAGCUUGCGACACCUGAUGUCCGGGCCGCAUCUGCCCCCGCAUCCGAACCCGAGGAGGCAUUUGACGUGGCGGAAUUGAAAUGGAUGGAGCACCCUGGCCAGGGUAACUUCAACCUGGAGCGCGAGUACACUUUGAACGAGAAGUACAAGAAGACCGUGCACCACAUGUACUGCAACCUCAACAUCCUCUGCUUCCUGCGCACAUUCGAGAUCCUUUACUCGCGCCUGCAGCGAAUCAAAGAACAAGAAGGCGAAGCCCGUGAACAAGUUCGCCGCGGCCUCCUGCCAAAGCCAGCCAAUGAUCUCUGCCUGAUUGAUCGAUUCCCAGGAGAUUUCUUCUACGACGUUGGGCCGAAGGCCAACCUCUACAAGCAGAUUGUCCGCAUGUGCGAGGAAGUUAUUCGAGGGGAUAUCGACCAGGUUCAUCUUGAGGAGACUCUGCGCCGCUUCUAUAUGCAGAGUGGGUUCUUGAUGUACAAUCUAGAACGUAUCUUCUCGUCGAUUACCAAGUUCGUGGCGUCGAUCUUCACGGGUGAUUCUCGGGAUCGUAGCUCUGAUAUUGCGAACUUGUUCUUCAAGGAGCGUGAGAAGAAUGAGACAACUCAUCAUCAGGAGAUUCAGUAUCGCAAGCAGGUCGAACGAUUAAUCAAGGAGGGCGAUAUUUACCGCGUGACCUUUUUCCCCUCCGACCGCCACCUCACAAUCCAAGUAAUGACAACCGAAGAAUCAACGCUAAACCGCGAAGACCUCAGCCCAGAAGCCCGCUGGUCCUACUACGUAACAGCCUACUCAAUGCGCGACCCAACAGAAGGGAUAAAAUUCUCCGAAAUGCGCAUCCCCUUCCUAAAACGCAACCUACCUGGCAAACUCGACGAAGACGAAGAAUACGACCGCUUCUACCGCCGUCUCCAGCACUACGACGGCCUUGUCAUCCGCAUCUGCGCCAACAAUUACACAAUCCUCUACCAACCGCCCACGCACGACUGGUUCUGGCGCUCGAAUGCGCCCGUGCCGGAUAAGGAGGUUCUCGCACUUUCGGAUCCCGAGGCUGCCAAGGCUCAGAUCAAGGUUAAGAGGGAGGAUAUGGUUAAGGAUGUCGCUGCUCUUAAGGAGAAGAGACAUGAUCGUUUUGUGGAGAAGUUUGUUAAUAAUCCGAACUGGGCUAAGGGGCUUAGUAAGGAUAAGGUUGAUGAGUCGAAUUUGCGAUUCCGCGAUUGGUUGAAUGGGAGUCUUGUUAAGGCUGGUGGGGGUGGUAGUCCCAGUCCUAGUCCUGUGACUGCUGCUGCGGCGGAGACUGCGACUGCGACUGAGAAUAAGGAUGCGGAGACUGCACCUGAUGCUACCGGUGCCGUGGCCCCUGCUGAUGUCCUGAUGGAAGAUGAUGCCACCGCCCCUGAAACCGCCUCUAUCCCUGUCCCCGAGGAGAAGAAGGAGGAAGGCGAAGGGAAAAUCAAAGCGGACGAUGAGAAGCCGGUCGAGGAGCAAAAGGCCGAACCCGAACCGGCAGAUACAGAGAUGGCGGACCCUGAACCAGUCGCUAAUGCUGACGCCGACGCUGUCGGUGACGCAGCUGUCGGCGCCCCUGCUAAGACCGCAGAGCCCUCGACCGAGUCUUGA